UUACCGUUUCAGUCGUUGAGAAGUCGUCGUAUCCUAAGGACAUUAGUUGCACCAUCUUCCUGUCGCUUCGAAUUCAACAGCCAACUCUAUUCGCUAGGUUUUGGUUUUACUUCAAAGUUUUAUUUGCUUUUGUAUAGUUCAAAAUGGAGACGGGAAUGAAAUUCAUCAAGUAUUUGCUCUUCAUCUUCAAUCUACUGUUCGCUGUUUCGGGCAUUACGCUCAUCAUCACGGCGGCUGUUAUUCAGGGACUCUAUGCCACGUAUCUGGAUUUCUUGGGAAAUGAAUUCCUAUCUGCUCCCAUGCUUUUCAUCAUUGUUGGUGUGGUCAUCUUCCUUGUGGCUUUUUUCGGAUGCUGUGGUGCAGUCAGAGAAAAUAACUGCAUGAUGAUUACAUUCUCAGUCUUCCUUGCAGUCAUCUUCAUCUGUGAACUUGCUGGGGGUAUUGCUGCCUAUGUUUUACGAAAUGAUGUGGAUGUCACUUUGACUGAAAACAUGUACAAAGCUCAGCAACAGUACAAUGUCACUGGUCAUGAGGGAGUCACAGAGACAUGGAACAUCAUGCAGAAUGAGGUUCACUGCUGUGGUGUCAAGAAUUACACUGACUGGGCAAACACAACCUUCAGCCAUGGCAUCAAUGUCCCAGACAGCUGUUGCAAGGAGUACACAGUUGGCUGCGGAUCCAAUAUGAUCUUGAGUCCCGACGCUGACGAACGACUCUGGACAGUCGGAUGCGUCCCUGAGCUCGCCGAGCAAGUCAAACACAAGGCAGGUGUGUUUGCCGGUAUUGGGGUUGGCAUUGCCUUCAUUCAAUUGAUUGGUAUUGUCUUUGCUUGUCUCUUGGCCAAGGCCAUUCGUGGCAGUUAUCAUUCCGUUUAAAAACAGCUAUACUUUUUUGGCUUUUGUUUUGAGCAUCUGAGAAAGAUAUUGGGUUAAUGGAGCACUAAUUGAACCGCACUUGAAGGCUCGUUAAAUAUAAUACGGGCACGUUUUAACAUGAGGGAAUCCGCCUGUCUUCGAUAUAUCUUCUAUAAUUCUUGUUGUGUCUUAAUUAAUGAGUCUAGUUCAUUUAGCAGGUGAAGAGAUAAAAUUAUCUAUAUUGAAUUUUUAAUUGUUCUCUUUUUGAAUUCGAAUUCGGUCAAAUGGGCUAAAAUAAUGGAAUUUUCUUGAUGAACUUAAGUCAUAGUCGGGAUGUGAUUUUUGCGUAAAACUUUUUCGUUCAACAUGUUUCCAUCCCGGUAUCAUAUUUACCUUAACCUUCCCUCAAGAUAUUCUUUCGCGUUUCUUACAAAAAAAUGAUACAAUGAUUGUUGUAGAUAUAUCAAUACAAAUGAAAUUUUA